CGCAGAAUUCCAACAAUGCGGCCGGAUUUCGCCGUUCGAUUGCGCGUGUAGGAAGGGUGCAUGAUGCCGGCACCGGAUCGAUAGUGCCGGCGAGUGGCGGCCGCGGAGCCGGAUAAAACUACCUUACUAACCUACUUCGAGCCAGUGCGGGUCCGGCCGUCGGCGCGAGGUGGUCUCUGUGGCGAGCGUGGUGCGCAUGCGCAGUGGUGAGCCGACCCAGUGCCGCCGGAGUCGAACGGAACAGCUGAUCGGAACUCGUCCGAUUAAUUCACCAAAGAUGACGCCCUUCAGGAUAGCUGCGGGACUUAUUCUUCUGCUUCAGCUCGCCUCUAGCGAUGACGUCAGCAAUGCGGCUUCCACACACGACCUGGACGGCUCUCCGGACCUGCUGUCUGCCCACCUCCCCGUGGAGCACCGCGGCGCCGGCGGCGGCGGCCCCCUCCUGGGCGGCCUCUCGUACGGACCGCCGCCGUUCGGCCCUCCCGCCCACCCCGGCGACGGCUACGGCCCGCCGGCCAACGGGAUCGGAGCCGACCCGUGGCUGCUGCCCGCACCCGACAUGCCCAAGAUCCUCAACAUCGAGGUGCAGUGUGAGAAGUCGAGCAUGCGCGUCAACGUCGACUUUGACCGUCCGUUCUAUGGUAUGAUCUUCAGCAAGGGACACUACUCGGACGGCAACUGCGUGCACAUGCAGCCGGGCUCGGGUGCGCUCAACGCCCAGUUUGAGAUCUACCUCAACUCGUGCGGCAUGGCGGCCUCGGAGAGCGGCAGCUACGGCCAGCCGAACCCGACCGGCAGCUUUGUGGAGAACACCAUCAUCAUCCAGUACGACCCGCUGGUGCAGGAGGUCUGGGAUCAGGCGCGCAAGCUGCGCUGCACCUGGUACGACUACUACGAGAAGAAGGUGACCUUCAAGCCGUUCCAGGUGGACAUGCUGAACGCGGUGACGGCCAACUUCCUCGGAGACAACCUCCAGUGCUGGAUGCAGAUCCAGGUCGGCAAGGGACCCUGGGCCUCCGAGGUGUCCGGCAUCGUCAAGAUCGGACAGACCAUGACCAUGGUGCUCGCCAUCAAGGACGACGAGAACAAGUUCGACAUGCUGGUCCGCAAUUGCGUUGCCCAUGACGGUCACCGCGCUCCGAUUCAGCUGGUCGAUGAGAACGGCUGCGUGACCCGACCCAAGGUAAUGUCCAAAUUCCAGAAAAUCAAGAACUUCGGCUCGUCGGCGUCUGUGGUAUCCUACGCCUACUUCCAGGCGUUCAAGUUCCCCGACUCGAUGAACGUCCACUUCCAGUGCGUCAUCCAGGUGUGCCGCUACCAGUGCCCGCCGCCAGCGUGCGGAUCCCUCGGCUACGACCUGACCCCGCGCCACCCGGCCGGGGACUACGAGGCAGCCGGCAGCGACCGCGACGCCACCGUGGCCGGUCACCCCGCGGACACCAACGAAGUGGACCUGCCGUCCCGGCUGCAGCACCGCCAGGGCGACGCCGCGCGGCCCGACGCUCCUGCCUCUUCGUUCCCCUCCAACCCGCUGCGCCGUCAGCAGUCGGGUCCGCGCCGCGACACCCUCUCGGGCCAGCCGCGCGCGCUUAGCGACGAGGAGCUGGAGCGGCAAGCCGCUGAGGCCAGCCAUCACUCUAGCUCCGAGCGCCGGCGGCGGCACGUGCAGCGCCGCGAGGCCACCACCGACGUCGAGACGGAGCGCAUCAUCCAGGUGGUGGCUCCUGGCGACGUGGCCUUCAGCCUGAACGCCAACAACGAGACGGUGGUGGUGUCGGAGUCGCGCGCCAGCGCCGGCCGCCACAGCGUCUGUAUGUCGGUGCCCGGUUUCGUGGCCGGCCUGGUGAUGCUGCUGCUCGUGCUGGCCGUCGCCUGCAUCGUCUCCGUGUUCCUCUUCUCGAGGGUGCGCGCUGUCGGCGGCGCCAAGGCCAGCGUCUUCGCUGCUGGCAUCGACAACCCCGAGUUCAUCAAGGGCGCCGAUUGAGCGCCCGGGUUCACUAGAGGUUAUCGGACAGACUUUGCGGCAAGUGAGCUGCCAUACGCAGAGAGCGUGCGCCACUCUGAGUGAGGGCGAACGCGCCUAUCUCUGGGGACCAAGCAGGCAGACGUGGCCUUGUGGUAGCGACCCAUCCACUCAACGAGCGGCUUCCACUCGCGUUCUGCCCUGUUCCGGUUCACCCGUACUGCCCCGAAACAAGCUGCCCACAGACAAAGCUGCGCAGUGAAGAGAAGGGACUACUCGCCGUCUUUCUAAGUCACCCUGAUGUGUAAUAAUCUUAGAAAGCGACCGAGCACAUUGGAAUGAGUGAAAGGCGUUACGGACUAAGCACUGCUUGGUAGAUGAUUUGAGUGUCGAUUGUUGUGCAUACCGAUGUUUUCAGUAUUUAUUUAUCACGCGUUACCGUUUUUCAUAUUGCUCCGCGUAGGCACGAAAUUCGCCAAUGCUUCCACGCACAGCCGCCUGUUGUUAUAGCCUAGGACACGACCGGCGCGUUCUGGGAAGUGUGCAGUAGUCCGCGGCCGGUGAAACGGGUCACCGGUGUCCGGCGCGUAUCACUCGCACGUGCCUGGCGCUCCAGUCCGAUAUGGGGCCAGAUGCGCCAGACCGUGACGCUGACCCACUCCGCUGCGAAUGUCUUCAGCCCGCCGCCGCCGCCGUAGUAGUGACGUCACCCAUGUGGUGAUGACGUCACCUGUGUUGUCAGAGGGGGCGGAGCGGAGGGCUGGGAGCGCGGGGGCGGCCGACUCUCACGGUCUAUGUGUACAGAAUGACCCGAUGUCCGGCGCCGCGGGCGACAGGGAGGUCACAGAGGUCACCGGGUGGCGCCGGCGCCGCUCACCGCGCCAGUUUCGUGACUGGGUGUUACCGAUGACGAAAUACAGACCACACAUGAGA